UGGCACGCAGCCAAUCAAAGAUGGGGAAGUCUCCUAGCUACUGAGUGCCGCACGAAUAUGUCAGUGAAACAAGAUGUGACACCACUGGGCGCCCAGGGCGCACCUGGGAGCUGGGCUACGUUACCUGGGAGGGGAGAGCAUGAGCCCACCAUCUUUGUGAUGGAGGCCGACCCCGCAGACAGGAGGGCCUGAGGAGGGGGUCACUCGAGAGACAGCCCCCCAGGACAUGGGCCCUGCAGAGGCCCCGGCCAGGCCGCCCCAAGUGGCUGGAACGCUGGGGGGCUCAGCAGGAGGCGGCGGCCGACGCCAGCCACAACCCACCACCUUCCAGCCUGGUCAAGAGCCAGCUCCACCCCGACGAUGAGGGGCUGCAGCUGGGACACCAGAGACCCCAAGGGUCCCCCCAGCACCAACUACCUCUGGUCUCCCCUUGAGCCCAACCAGGGUCGCUGUGGUUUCCAGCUGGCGCCUCUGGCUUCCCCAGCCACGGCCCCCCCCCUCCCCACCCCGUGCUGCACUAAUGGCUCAGCCUGGGGCCUCAGGGACCUCCCCGCCCCCCAGGCUGCUCUGCCAGGCCCCUUGCCCCCUCACUGCUGAAACCCAAUCCUCUGCAGCAGCCCUGGCUCAGCAGAGCUGCAAAGCGGCGCUGCUUACCACGCCGGCUGGGCUGUGCCCUACCUGCUCUCCGCCGAGGAGCCCCCCGGCCCGGCGCCCAGGCCGGAGGAGCCGCAGCCUGCUCCUGGACGAGGCCAGCUGGACCCGCCGGGUCACCGCCUCCAACCCAGCCAGGCCAGUGCCUCCCUGCCUCGCUCUCGGGCUUGACCCCUCUCCUCGCCUCACACCCGCACUCCCUGCUGCCUGGCCGGCCCCCUCUGUCCCUGAACUGACCCUCUCUUGCUUCCAAGCCUCUGUAGCCUGGUCUCCAGCCCUCUCUGUCCCCUCUCCUUGACUGCUGCCAUGAAGCCCCCCUCGGGGCCGGAGGAGGCCCGGCGGCCAGCCUCGGACAUCCGCGUGUUCGCCAGCAGCUGCACGCUGCACGGGCUGGGCCACGUCUUCGGCCCGGGCAGGCUGACCCCUCGCCGGGGGCUGUGGGCCCUGGCCGUGCUCCUGUCGCUGGCCGCCUUCCUCUACCAGGUGGCGGAGAGGGUGCGCUACUACGGCGAGUUCCACCACGAGACGGCCCUGGACGAGCGCGAGAGCCACCGGCUCGUCUUCCCGGCCGUCACCCUGUGCAACAUCAACCCCCUGCGCCGCUCGCGCCUCACGCCCAACGACCUGCACUGGGCCGGGCCCUCGCUGCUGGGCCUGGAGCCCUCGGAGCACGCGGCCUUCCUGCGCGCCCUGGGCCGGCCCCCCGCGCCGCCGGGCUUCAUGCCCAGCCCCACCUUCGACAUGGCCCGGCUCUACGCCCGGGCCGGGCACGCCCUGGAGGACAUGCUGCUGGACUGUCGCUACUGUGGCCAGCCGUGCGGGCCUGAGAACUUCACUGCGAUCUUCACCCGGAUGGGUCAGUGCUACACCUUCAACUCGGGCGCGGACGGGGCGGAGCUGCUCACCACCCCCAAGGGCGGCGCGGGCAGCGGGCUGGAGGUCAUGCUGGACGUGCAGCAGGACGAGUACCUGCCCGUGUGGAAGGACGUGGAGGAGACCCCUUUUGAGGCGGGGGUCCGAGUGCAGAUCCACACGCAGGAGGAGCCGCCCGUCAUCGACCAGCUGGGCUUUGGCGCGGCCCCCGGCUACCAGGUGUUCGUUUCUUGCCAGCAGCAGCAACUGAGCUAUCUGCCACCGCCCUGGGGUGACUGCAGCUCAGUAUCUCUGGACCCUGACUUUGAGCAGGAACCCUCUGGUCCCCUGGGUCCCCCCAGCCCCAGUCCGGGUCCCAGCCCUCCCUAUAGUCUAACGGGCUGUCGCCUGGCCUGCGAGACCCGCUAUGUGGCUCGGAAGUGCGGCUGCCGAAUGAUGCAUAUGCCUGGUGGCGCACCGGUGUGCAGCCCCCAGCAGUACAAGGACUGCGCCAACCCGACGCUGGACGCCAUGCUGCGGAAGGACGCGUGCGUCUGCCCCAACCCUUGCGCCACCACGCGCUACGCCAAGGAGCUCUCCAUGGUGCGGAUGCCCAGCCGCGCCGCUGCCCGCUACCUGGCCCGAAAAUACAACCGCAGCGAAGCGUACAUCGCGGAGAACGUGCUGGUGCUGGACAUCUUCUUCGAGGCCCUCAACUACGAGACAGUGGAGCAGAAGAAGGCCUACGAGGUGUCCGAGCUACUCGGUGACAUUGGGGGCCAGAUGGGGCUGUUCAUUGGGGCCAGCCUGCUCACCAUCCUGGAGAUCCUGGACUACCUCUGUGAGGUGUUCCGAGACAGGGUCCUGGGACACUUCUGGAACCGGAAGCGCUCCCCGAAGCACUCCAGCAGCAAUCUGCUUCAGGAAGGGCUCAACAGCCAUGGAAACCAAGUGCCCCAUCUCAGCUUGGGCCCCAGGCCUCCCACCCCUCCCUGCGCCGUGACCAGGACCCUCUCCGCCUCCCACCGCACCUGCUACCUCGUCACCCGGCUCUAGACCCGGUGUCCGUGUCUCCAGGCCAAGCCUAUGACGUCUCGGACAAGCCCCUGCCUGCAUAUCGCUUUGUCAUUUUCAUCCCAAAUAAAGUUCUAGUGCAUCAGCC